GACAGUUACUGAGGAUUUCUCAGAAACGGUGUUCACUUUAAAACGAAAGCGAAACGGAUGUGUGUUGGUGUAGUGUACGGUCCUGAAGGUUUAUUUAGCUCCUUACCGAUCACCAGCGGACAGAUGAUUAAACCAACAAGGAGAGAGAGAGGCCGUGACAGACAAUGUGGAUAUACUAUACCGUCGGAGUACGGCGUCUUCUCUCUACUAGUCUGGACGUUUAUUGAUGAUCAAGAACAGAAUUAAUACCGCUGGGAUUCUGUGAUUAAAAACGGAUUCUGCGUCGGAAAAUAUAAAAAGUGCAUCAGAAAAAAAAACGACAUUGCACUCGUUUUGCAAAACGGAUGCCAGGGAACUGUGUAGCGAUGGGAGAGGGUUGGGACCGCUCUCCCCUGUAGGAUGGUCGCUCACAGCGCUGUGGAAGAACAAGACACAACAACAAAAGCACCAUCGUCAUCGUCAUCACCUUCUAGACCUCUAGGCGCCUCCUCCACCUUCCUCUCGACUCCACACUCGGACCACCACACAACCUCACCACCACCAUCAUCAUCGUCAUCGUCAUCAUCAGUCUCCCAGUCACACCGUCCGCGCCCAUCCAACCAGUGUGUGGCGUCCCCUAUCCCAGGACCAGACCUGUUAGACCACCAGCCCCCUCUUCCCCUCCUGGACCCAGUGCCCACCCACUUUCCUCUGUUCCCCUGCAAGGUAGACUUCCUGUUGAUCACUCGGACGGCCGCCAUGUUGGAACGUUCCGGCUUCUACUGGGGCCCGCUAGGAGUGGAGGAGGCUCACAAUCGACUGAAGGACGUUGCCACGGGAACAUUCUUGAUCCGGGACAGUCGUCAGACAGACGUCUUCUUCACGCUGUCCUAUCGCGCGGCCAACGGCCCGGUCAGCGUACGCAUCGUCUAUAAGGGACAACGGUUCAGCCUGGCAGGAAGUGAGCACUCUUUCCCCUGCCUCUUCCUCCUGCUCGAACACUACAUUAAUUCCUCUAAGAAAAGCCUGACCGUUCCGUACAGGAAGCAGCGCCCUACGCUCCAGGAACUGUGCAGGAAACAGGUCGCGGAGUCGUGUGGCGGUGAGGUGGAACGGGUCGCCAGGGUCCCCGUCAACCCAGUCCUAAAACACUUCCUGUUAGAGUUCCCGUACAGGAUAUGAUGUCACAGGGGAUGCCGUUGAGGCGGGACUGAUUUGGAUCGGGUCGGUACUGAAGGGUACAUACAGGAUAUGAUGUCACAGGGGAUGCCGUUGAGGCGGGACUUGAUUUGGAUCGGUUGCUUUGAAACUAGAGACCGGGUCGUGGUUAGAAACGAGGUCAGAGUUCAAAACCGCACCCUAUUCUCUAAACGGUGCACUACUCGACAAGGUCAUAGGUCACACUUGGUUUGGGUUUAUCCGGUUUGGUGGUGGUCCCUGGAGGAUUUUAAGGGACCGUAUAUAUGUGGACCACAACAACAGGUUAUGGAGCGACUGCAUUAAAGAACCACCACCGGGGGUUCUGGUUGUGUUCUGAUCCGGGUCGCUGACCCUGUGAGGUGGACGGUUUGAUUAGUGGACUGGUUCUGCCGUUGUAGGCAGGGCUGGGUUCGCUGUAGCACGACAACUCAAGCACAGCAUCAAUACUUUACAAUGUUUACAAUGUUGUUUACAAACUUUACAACGACCAGGAAUGUUUACGCUACACAAUAUUACAGUACUGUAUGUAUAACUGUGUACUCUCUGGUACUAACAGGUAUAACUGUGUACUCUCUGGUACUAACAGGUAUAACUGUGUACUCUCUGGUACUAAUGGGUAUAACUUUGUAUUAUGUAGUACUGCCGGGUACAACUGUGUACUCUCUGGUACUAAUGGGUAUAACUGUGUACUCUCUAGUACUAAUGGGUAUAACUGUGUACUAUGUAGUACUGGCGGGUAUAACUGUGUACUCUCUGGUACUAACAGGUAUAACUGUGUACUAUGUAGUACUAAUGAGUAACUGUGUACUAUGUAGUACUAAUGAGUAUAACUGUGUACUAUGCAUCAUAUCUGCUGUGCAGACUACCUCUAGGGGUGUUUUCAUGGAUAAUAAAUAUGACAUAUAUAUUUCA